GCCCCCCUCCCAGUCUCAGACAUGUGUGAGCAGGCAGCCCGGUACUGCAGGGACAGCGUCCACAAGCUCCUGCAGCAACAGCAUCCUCAGGCCCGGGGUCUGGACGGUCUGCUCCGCUGGAUUGUCACCAAGAUGAGCGACAAGAGUGAGCGAGAGUUGCGGGGAGAGGAGGAAGUCAACGGUGUGCACGGUACCCCUAUCCCAAUGACCAGGAGGGGCAUCUCCGUAAUACUGGAUAUCUUCCGCCGGGCAGAUAAGAAUGAUGAUGGGAAGUUGUCGUUGGAUGAAUUUCAGACGUUUUUUUCAGAUGGGACACUCAAUGAGGAGGAGCUUGAAAAGCUGUUUCACACCAUUGACUCUGACAACACCAAUAAUGUGGACACCAGGGAGCUAUGCGAUUAUUUUGCCAAUCACAUGGGUGAUUAUGAAGAUGUCCUUUCUUCCCUGGAAACUCUCAACUUGUCCAUACUAAAGGCUAUGGACUACACAAAGAGGGUAUAUGAAAAGGGUACCAAUGUGGACCAAUUUGUAACUCGCUUUCUUCUGAAGGAGACAGCCAAUCAGAUUCAAUCACUUCUAAGCUCAGUGGAAAGUGCAGUUGAUGCCAUAGAUGAACAGACAAAUCAGAAAAGGCACUGUAACAGUAAGAGUGGGCAGGUGAUGACAGAAGGAUGGUAUGAAGAUUCUACAUCUUUUUAUCCUGCAAGCAGGACUUCAAGCAAGGACAUCAGGAAGAGCACCAAAAGCAGCUCCUCUGACAUAAAGGAUGACGGCUUAGAGGCUCAGAUUAAUCGACUGGCUGAGCUAAUCGGAAGACUGGAAAACAAGACUCUGACAUUUGAUUUGCAUCAGAGAUUGUCUGACCAAGAAAGUGGUUCUAGUGCGUAUCUGUUCCUGGUGCAGCAGGAGAUGAAGGUUUCCCAGAAGAGCAUGGGGGAGUUUUGCAGCUCUUUAAAGCAGUAUUUAAAGAAUGUGUCUAGAGAUGGAGAGUGCUUCCAUGUAACUGCUGUCCACCUACCAGAUGCAGUCACUUAUAUAGUUUAUGAGUUUUGGGAGACAGAAGAUGACUGGAAGAGACACCUCCAGUGUGCGGCUUAUAAAUUAUUUCAGCAUGUCAAGGUGGACACCCUGCUCCAGCCGGAAUCCAUCUCCAGUGUUUCUGUGCCAGCUGCUUGGUGCACCCUGAGCAGAGAUUGAUGGAGCCACCAAUAACAACAGACCUAAGUGGACAAUAGUGUCAAUAUUCUGCUGAGCCUCAUGUCUCUGUCUGAAUAUAAGUCCCUGUAACCCCUGACCAGGAUGAGUUUUUUCAGAGAAGUCUCAGAUUCUCAGAUUUCUCAAUUGCUGUCUUUUUAUUCCGAAUGUGUUUGCUUGUUAGAUAAAGGAAAAACCCAAUGAAACCUCUCAAACCAUAAUUACUGCCUCAUUAAAAGGCAAUAAACAAAAAAAAUAAUAGUAAAAAUAAGUAAUAGUAAGUAAAAAUGGUACAGGUGCAAAGUGUGAGGAGUCUAAAUAUGAAGACUUGCAAACCACUAGGGCAAUCUUUAGAAGAUCCUGGCCUUAUGAAGCUAUUGUAGAGACCCUCCUCAAUCCAAACUAUUUGGUUUGAUUUCAUUGUCAUUGCAUCAUAUACACCAAUCUAGUAGAUUCACUUUCAUUAUCAUAAGUUUGCUUAUAUUUAUAUUGUUUUGUUUACUGCCAAAAAAAAUAAUAUUCUGUCAGAAUUGACAGAAUGUCCUUAAUUUGUCUGCAGCUGGAUUGUUCAAAACUCAAUUUCCAUUAAAGGAGACGGAAAGGUAAAAACUAAGUAAGUUUUAUCAGAAAGGUCUAUGUAAACACAGCCAUAAGCAGUCACAGAAACGCUGCACUGAGUUCUCUGUCAACAUUUGUUGUGUCUGUUUUCCUCUGCCAGAGACACACAGCUCUCUCCUCUCUCCCCUCCUGCUCCCCCCUCCUUCAAGAAUGCUAAGAACUCACUCCCAUCCCUUAGGAAUGUGGAUCUGAGCCAAUCAGCAGGAAACUUCCUCAUAGUCUAACUAACCGAGCAUGUACACUGGUCUGGGUCUCGGUGCAGGAGCGAGGCAUUAUCAGAACUUUCUUUACACAGCUCAGCGUUUUUUUUUCUGUUUGGCUUCUGAUCAUCCAAACAGGUGAAAUAUGAAGAGAUUUAAGGGCACCAUUGAGAGAACUGAAGGUAUGCCUGCAGCUUGAGAUUAACUCUUCAUUAGCCUUUCCUUCUCCUUUACCAAAGUCUAUCACUUUAGCAUCUGCAACACACACUAGGAUACUUAAUUGGCUAUAGGUUUUUCCCAUUUUUUUCUUUGUUUGCAAAAAAGCAUAAACUAGACAUAUGUGGCCCAUUAGAUCUGUUUAGUGUUUACCUCCUAAUGAUGCAUGGCUUGAUUAGAUGUUCAUUGCACUGGAAGCCUUAGUAGCUGUUUUUUUCUUUUUUUAUAUAUAUCCUAGGACUGAAUGACAUGCAGUAACUCCUCAGAAUGUUAAAUUUUUCAAUGUAAUGUUUGAUAUUGUAUACUUCUAUGUAUACUGAAGUUUUAAUGCAACACCUUGGAAAUGCUAUUUUAAAGGAAAUAUUUAUUAUAGGAUAUGUACAGCAGAUACAAGUAAUAAAACUCUUGAAACAGAUUUGAGAUUCAAA